AUGGCUGUCAGGUGGGAGGAACAGGUGUGCGAGUCUGAAGAGUGCACCAAAUCAGAACUAGACCUGUUCCAAAUGGCCCCUAUGCUAACCAGCAUUGAGAAAAGCAUUUACAUCAAGGUGCCGCCUCUAUCGGCCAUUAUGGAGGCUGCCCCCAUCAACUUUUUUAUAGCAAGGAAUGGCAUAGAUUAUAUGGAUUUAAACAACAUGCUGCUGUACCUAUGUUGCAAGAUUGUAAAAGGAGACAGAACUGAACUUGCCGAGGACGCUGAGGUGGGCCUGGUGAAUUACCCCUUGGCCUCUAUUUUCAGUCAGUUGGAUGUCACACUGGGAGACUGCCUUGUAAGCCAAAGCAAAAACUGUUACCCUUACAGGGCCUUUAUAGAAUCUGUUCUCAAUUCCAGCGACGACACCCUCGCCAUGCAAUUUUCUGCUGGCCUGUUUUACAAAGACACUGUCAGACAACAUGAAAAAAAGGAGUUGGAUGGUGGGAAUCUAGGGUUUGUGAGCUGGGCAAAGCUGAUGGCUCUGAGCAGGAUGGUAGAGCUGGUGGGUCAUCUACACAGCGACCUGUUUUUUCAGGAAAAAAAUUUGUUGAACAGAGUGGAUGUGAAAAUUAAACUGGCGAGCAGUAAAGACGCCUUCUGUUUAAUAGGGGAUGCAGCCAAAGGCUUUAAACUACGGAUUAUAUCAGUGUCCCUUUUUGUGAAGAAAGUAUGGGUGGCCCUGGGCAUCUGUUUGGGAAUGAGAGUGAUUAGCAUUCCCGCGGGCAGCAGGCUCAGUAACCAGGGGAACCUGUUCUUGGGACAGUUACCCAAAAUGCUUGCCCUAGGGUUUGUGGAUAAUGAUGCCUUUAGUGGAAGUUAUGCUAAAAACUCCUUUCAUUUUAAACAUUACGAUAUUAACUUUGUGGCCUUGUAUGUGGAUGGUGAACAGAUACCAACCAAGCCUCUGCAACCAGACUUUGAGGCUGGACACUUUGUGAUAGAGUACAUGAAUCUAGUACAGACGGCUGGUAAACACAUGAAAGAUUGUUCUUUGUUAAUCGACCGUUAG